CACAUGUUGCACUGGUCGAUCAGUCACUCAGAGAUAUACUUAAAACCUUCAUCUUCCUCUUCUGGUUAUCAUGCUUCGUCCAAUUCAAUAAUAGCAAGAGGACCAUGUUUUCUCAAACUUCAUUUCAAAACCUCAACAUGAAUAAUUGGCACGACAAUGAAACCACCACAAACCUGAUCAUAGCAACCUUGGCCAUUUCAGCCAUCACUUGGUGUGCAUGGCUCUUCUUCCUCAAACCCAAGGCCCAUAGCCGGCCACUACCACCAGGCCCACCGGGCCUCCCCAUCUUAGGCAACCUUCUAUCCCUCGACCCGGAACUUCACACUUACCUCGCCGGGUUAGCCCGGACCCACGGACCGGUUUUCAAGCUCCGACUCGGAAGCAAGCUGGCCAUCGUGUUAACUUCGUCUUCCAUGGCUCGUCAAGUUCUCAAGGACCAGGACACCAUCUUCGCCAACCGUGACGUGACCGCCGCCGCCAGGGCAGGCUUCUACGGCGGCUCCGACAUAAUUUGGAGCCCGUACGGACCCGAAUGGCGGAUGCUGAGAAAAGUGUGCGUGCUCAAGAUGCUCAACACCACCACCCUGGAUUCCCUUCACCACAUCCGUCGCAACGAAGUCCGGAAAACAAUCGUGUACCUGCGGAAUCGGGUCGGGUCUCCGGUGAAAGUGGGGGAGCAUAUGAUUUCGACGGGGCUGAACGUCAUGACGAACAUGAUGUGGGGCGGGGCGGUGGAAGGGGCGGAGAUGGAAAAUUGGGCGGCGGAGUUUAAUGCGUUGGUGGCGGAGUUCGCGGAGCUUUUAGCGCAGCCGAACGUGUCGGACUUGUUUCCCGGGUUGGCCCGGUUUGAUUUGCAGGGUGUGGAGAAGCGGAUGAGAGUGUUGGUGUCGCGGUUGGAUGGAGUGUUUGAGAAGAUGAUUGGUGAAAGGGUGAAGAUGAAAGCGGAAAAUCAUCAGAGCAGUGAUUUUCUGCAGUUUUUGUUGGAUUUGAAGGAGGAGCGUGAUCCCAAGAUGCAACUCACCAAUGAUCAUGUUAAGGGUCUUCUACUGGACAUGAUUAUGGCUGGAUCUGAAACAUCCUCCACCACAAUUGAGUUUACAAUGGCGGAAAUGAUGAAAAAGCCAGAGGUAAUGAAGAGAGUUCAAGAGGAACUGGAAGGUGUAGUUGGGAAAGAUAACAUGGUAGAAGAGUCACAUAUUCAUAAGCUUCCCUACUUACAAGCUGUGAUGAAAGAAACUCUUCGGUUGCACCCUGUAGCUCCACUCCUAGUACCUCAUAGCCCUAGUGAAACCACCACUGUGGGAGGCUACACAAUUCCAAAGGGUUCUCAAGUGUUUGUGAACGUGUGGGCUAUUCAAAGGGACCCAUCAAAUUGGGAGAAACCAUUAGAAUUUGAUCCUACAAGGUUUUUGGAUGCCAAAUGGGAGUACAGUGGGAGUGACUUCAAUUAUUUACCAUUUGGUUCUGGAAGAAGAAUUUGUGCAGGAAUAACAAUGGCAGAAAAGACAGUUUUGUGCUUCAUAGCCACACUAGUGCACUUAUUUGAUUGGACAGUACCCCAAGGUGAAGAGUUGGAUAUUUCAGAAAAAUUUAGUCUUGUUAUCAGGAUGAAAACACCUUUGGUUGCAAUCCCCACCGCACGAUUGUCCAAUCCAGAUCUUUAUAAAUAGAACUGAAUACAAUAUUCACAUGUUAAUCAAGAGAAUUUGUAUUUUAAGACUGUAAUCAUUUGCAGCUUAUGGAUCAAGUAUUUUUCCCCUGCAUAUUAGUUAUUCUAAUGUUUUUAUAAAAUAUAUAAGUUUGGAGCAUAA